AUGGACCACAAGGAGACACGAGAAAACAACAGAGAAUCUGUGGGCGACAACAAUGAUAACCACUCUUCACUCACACACGACCUGCACCAGGAGCUUGUGAGGCCACAGGCCAAUGGCGCAUGUCGAGGAACAUUAUCUGUCAAGCCCACCCUUGCUAUUUUCAAGUGGGCCGAUUGCUCUUUAACCACAGGAAGAAACCUCGCGGUUCAUGUCAGAUCUGGUUCAUUCGGAUGUCGAAAGAAGCAUGGUUGA